GAACGAAUCCUGAGAAUAAAAAGACAGACAUAGGAAUCAUGCUUUUUUGGUAAACUAUUUAUUUCUGACAAGUUGUGAACAGGACUGAAAAUAUCCCUUUCGAUGUCAAAGUUGCAGUAACUGGUGCUUGUGAAACGCUUUUUCUGGGGUUGAUAUGCAAUCUCUCGAGCGUGAAUACACUUUAUGAAAUCCACACAGACCAAAGAGGCGUGCGGUGGCAUUUUUUUCAAAGUCUUUUUAAACCAGCAUUUAUGAAAAUGCCAGAGGUGCAUGUAGGUCGUUGAUUUUUCUCUCUUAGCAUUGAAAAGUGUCAGAAGCAGCAGUCACCAUCGUGAGCGCUGUAUUCAUUGCCUGACGUCAGUUAAACGUGCAAAUCACUUCCUUAUUUCAUUCUUAUUCCUCUUCCAAGCCCAUCAUCAAUAUCCCAGAAGACUUCUUAACAGUUUUGCCGAGCGUUUUAAAGUUACGAGCAAUUAUCGCAACCGCGAAAUUGCCAUAAUACCUAUGAUUUACUUGAAAAGCUCACCAAGACUCUGACACAAAUUGCUGUGAAGGAAAGUGUACAGUACAGUUCUUCAAGUGUUAUUAUUCUUCAUCAGUCAACACCUUUGCGUGGCUCAGUCAUUCAACAGGAAGAUCUCCCACUGCUGCAGUUAUUAAAUUAUCAUCCAUUCUAAGCCUUUCACUUGAUUCUUCUUAACAUUAUGAUACCUAAGGUAGCUCCUUUGAUUCUUCUGGUUCCAUUGUUAACAUUUCCUUCAGGGACUGACGCUGUUGAAUCAGCCAGAGUUGUUAUACCACAGCAUGUAACCACAGGAGAAAAUGUAACAAUGGUCUGUGAAUUUGACCUAAGGGAGGACUUUGAUCCCAAGAAUCUUGGAGUUUACUGGCAGUGCAUUACAGAUAAUAAGGUAGAAUCAGUUUGCAGUUAUUACAAUGGGACUGAUAGCCUGGAGAAGCAAGCUCCGAGAUUCCGUAAUAGAACAACUCUUGCAGUAAACCCAUGGAGAGCCAUCCUCACUCUACAGAAUGCCACCCUGUUGGACAGUGGAAUAUUUCAGUGCACCAUCAAGUACAAAUGGCCAGCAUCUGAUUCUGAUGUACUUAGUGUGUCAGCUCGGUAUCAACCACUGCAGUUGACUGUUCGGUAUGAGGAUGGAACAGCAGUUCUGCAGUGUGUCACAGAGGGUGGCUUCCCAUUAGGAAAAGUGAUAUGGUAUUACCAGGAUGGAAGGAGGCUGAACCAAACCUGGUCAGUGAUGAAUUAUACCAGAUCAGAUAGAACAUUUCUGAUUAAGAGCACCUUGACAUUGAAGUCAGAAGAGGAAACAUCUGUAUGCUGUUCUGUAAUCCAUAGAGCACUGAAGGAAAAUAUCACCUCAUGUUUGAAGAUCCCAGGUAAAAGAUAUAAAUGUUAA